GGAAAAUGCUUCUCCCCUGUGUGAGACCUCUGAUGUGUGACAAGUUGUGAUUUUUGUACAAAACAUUUCCUGCACUCAGAGCAGGAAUAAGGCUUCUCACCCGUGUGCAAUCUCUGAUGAUUAUUAAGAUCAGAUUUCAAACGGAAAACUCUCUUUCCGCAUUCAGCACAGGAGAAGCUCUUCUUUGCUGGAAGGCCGGCCCGGUCCCGCACAGUCUGAGGUUCCUCAGGAUACGAGGAAUCCGAUGGUCCAUCUACACUGGGUGGUGCCGGAUGGACAUGGGAGGGAGCCGGGUUUUCUCCUGGACUAUACUGUGUAAUGUCCUCAUCUUCUACUUUCCAGUCUGGAGACAAAGUGAGACAAUCCUCGGAGGUUUUCCUCAUCUCCCGGCCAUGGACUAAAAUACAAAGACAAAGAGGAUUACUAGACAGGAGCUGAUUGGUUCCCUCAAACCAGGACUCCGCCCACAU